AGCAAACGCGCUCUUCUUCUUCAGUUCUUCGCCAAUCUGAAACCUGGCGGGAGGAAUCCACGGUUGCGUCGCAAGCAAGGAAGAAAAUCUCACCCGGAGCCCUUAAGGAGAACUCCAGCAAUCGCCUUUGUUCAUGGCGGAAUCGGACGGCCGGCCACGGACCAACUCCCUCGGUCCCCCGUCGUUCUUCACGCAGGCGAACGCUCUUCUUAGGAAGAACCUCACGUUCCAAAAGCGAAAUUAUAAAACGAAUGUGGGGCUUAUAGCUUUCCCAGUCCUCUUGUGUCUGUUGCUUUUGGUUCUCCAAAGGGUGGUAAACAAUGAAUUAGGCAAGCCUAAGUACAAAUGUGGGUGUAAGUGUGUUGACACAAAAGGAGAUGGUACAUGCGAAACUGUUUGUGGGAUUGAGUACUCGACACUGGAUCAAGUUUUCUCAUGCCCGAUUCCUCAUCCACCAAAAUGGCCAGCUGUCUUACAGAUACCACGUCCUGAGCUUCGUGCUGUUGAAUCCCCUUCAGAUUCCAUACAGGGAUUGCUGCCUGGUUCCUGUAGGAGUACACAGUCAUGCCCUGUGACCAUACUAUUUACUGGGGGAAACCAGUCCCUAGCAGAAGGGUUAGUUGGGAACUUCUUCACGAGUAAUCCUUAUGCAAACAUCUCGGAUGUUUCAGGCUUGUUAUCUAAUAUCCUGCUAGGAUCAGACACAUAUCCUCGAACUACACAAUUCAUAGAACCAGCUUUCCUCUCUGAUCGCCCCUUAUAUAUUAUCCAACCUCAAUGCCCAUCCAAUUUUCAAUUGAACUUUCCGAUUAAUAUGAGCCAACUUCAAUUAAACAAAGAAAUAAAAUGUGUGCAAGGUCUACAUGUUUGGCGCAAUACAAUGUCUGAAAUUAACGAUGAGUUAUUCAAAGGCUAUAGAAAGGGAAACCCCCAGAGAGAGACUAAUGAAUUUGUUGCGGCUUAUGAUUUCUUAAACUCAAAUGACAAAAGUUUCAAUGUGAACAUUUGGUAUAACUCAACGUACAAAAAUAACACAGGGGGUGCUCCCAUGAGUUUAUUGCGUGUUACGCGAUCUAUAAAUAUGGCAACAAAUGCUUACAUUAACUUCCUUAAAGGUAGUGGUGUGAAGAUGCCCUUAGAAUUUGUCAAAGAAAUGCCAAAACCAGCGACACAACUGAAGCUGGAUUUUUCAUCCCUUAUUGGCCCGCUUUUCUUUACAUGGGUAAUUGAAUUACUAUUUCCGGUGAUGCUGACAUACUUGGUCUAUGAGAAGCAACGUAAAUUGCGAAUCAUGAUGAAAAUGCAUGGGCUUGGAGAUGGCGCCUAUUGGCUGAUUACCUAUCUUUAUUUUUUCUCCAUUUCGUUAAUAUAUAUGAUAUGUUUCAUAUUUUUUGGUUCAAUUAUUGGCCUGCAAUUCUUCAGGUCAAAUGCAUAUGGUUUGCAGUUUGUGUUCUAUUUCAUUUACAUAAACUUGCAGAUCGCACUUGCUUUCCUAGCGUCACCCAUAUUUUCUGAAGUUAAAACUGCUACAGUUGCUGGCUACAUGUAUGUGUUUGGAUCAGGGCUAUUAGGAUCAUUCCUGUUCCGGUUCUUUGUUGAAGAUACCAGCUUUCCAAGAGUGUGGGUGAUAGUUAUGGAAAUUCAUCCAGCAUUUUCCUUAUUCCGUGGUCUUUAUGAGCUCGGACAGUAUGCUUUUAUAGGAGAGUACAUGGGAACUACUGGGAUGGACUGGAAGAAUUUGAGUGAUAGUGGGAAUGGCUUGAAAGCUUCCUUGAUUAUCAUGACCAUUGAAUGGUUCAUCUUUCUUCCACUUGCUUACUACUUUGACCAAGUUCUCUCAACAGGGAGUGGAGUCCAGAAAAAUCCUUUGUUUUUUUUGCAAUGCUUCAAAAAAAAAUUGGGAGAAACUUUUAGGAGGCCAAGUCUACAGAAACAGGGAUCCAAAGUUUUUGUUGACAUGGAGAAACCUGAUGUUUUGAGAGAGAGGGAAGUGGUUGAACAGUUGCUGCUUGAACCAAACUCAAGUCACUCUAUUAUAUGUGAUAACCUCAAAAAGGUGUACCCUGGAAAGGACGGAAACCCCAAGAAAUAUGCAGUUCAAGGUCUGUCACUUGCUUUGCCUCCUGGAGAAUGUUUCGGCAUGCUUGGCCCCAACGGUGCUGGUAAAACAACUUUUAUCAAUAUGAUGAUUGGGCUUGUGUCACCCACUUCAGGCACUGCAUAUGUUCAAGGUCUUGAUAUAAGAAAAGACAUGGACAAAAUAUAUACGAGCAUGGGAGUCUGUCCACAGCAUGACUUGAUAUGGGAGACGUUGACUGGCAGAGAACACCUCUUGUUUUAUGGUAGAUUAAAAAAUCUCAAAGGGUCGGCUCUAACCCAUGCAGUAGAAGAGUCAUUGAAGAGUGUCAACCUUUUCAAUGGAGGUGUUGGUGAUAAACUUUCUGGGAAAUAUAGUGGAGGCAUGAAGAGAAGGCUCAGUGUUGCAAUUUCUUUGAUUGGAGAUCCUCAGGUUGUCUACAUGGAUGAACCUAGCACAGGAUUAGAUCCUGCUUCAAGAAAUAACUUAUGGAGUGUCGUGAGACGUGCAAAACAAGAUCGAGCGAUCAUUCUUACAACACAUUCAAUGGAAGAAGCGGAGGUUCUAUGUGAACGACUGGGUAUUUUUGUAGAUGGGGCUUUGCAGUGCAUAGGAAACCCAAAGGAGCUAAGGGCUAGAUAUGGAGGAUCUUACAUAUUUACGAUGACAACGUCAGCUACUCAGGAAGAAGAGGUGGAGAACUUGGUGCGUCAAAUCUCUCCAACUGCAAACAAAAUCUAUCACCUGUCAGGUACUCAGAAAUUUGAGUUGCAAAAGCAGGAAGUUAGAAUUGCAGAAGUGUUCCGAGCAGUGGAAAAUGCAAAAAGCAAGCUAAGUAUUCAGGCAUGGGGUUUGGCAGAUACCACCUUGGAGGAUGUCUUCAUUAAGGUUGCUCGAGGAGCACAAUCAUUUAACAUGCUUCAAUAACUGUUGUGAUUAUAAUAUUUCUUCUUCUUUUUUUUGUGUAUAUAGAGUACAUAAUUUUUGAGUAGUUCUUCGCUUCAAUAAUUCAGUACCACUUUCGUUACUGGGCACCAUCUCCUUUGAGAGGCUUAUAGAUUUGCUUCAUAGCUUUAUUCAUGAUUGUUGGUACGGAUCACUUCAAGUGAAUUUAAG